ACAGCUCCUCUCCGUCUUGACACUGGCCCCGCCUCACUCUGGGGGAAUGCGGCCGUGUUUACAUUCGUGUCUCUCGGGUCAGCAGCCUCCAUCCAUCCGGGAGAACGCACCGCGGCACCGACGGAGCUCCAGCGGCGGACACACGGGCUGCUGCUGACGGGAAACACGCUCUCAUCUCCGGCCACAGCCUCUGCCUCUCACCGCGCCGCUCCUCCGCUCUCACCGACUCUCCCCCAAAAAGUUUCUACGCAGAGGAGGACAGGCCCGGGGAUUAUCUGCACGCAGACGCCAUAGUUUUUUCACAUUUACAGACAGAAAGAGAGAAAAAAAGUCCAAAUAAAUCCCCGUCCGCAGCGCCGAGAACACGGAGGAUAGCUUUAGCCUCGGAGCGCCACUUCCUGCGGUGUGAAGGAUCAGACUCUGGUCACUAUGGAUAUGGACACGCAGACACAAGGACAGCAGGCGGCCGUGCCCGUGUUUCAACACCAGAAACCCCUGCAGCCGGACAUGGGCCAUAACUCUCUGGCAAACUUCCAGAUUGAGAAGAAGAUCGGACGAGGACAGUUCAGUGAAGUGUACAGGGCCAGAUAUCUGCUGGACAACACCUCUGUGGCCCUCAAGAAAGUACAGAUAUUUGACUUGAUGGACGCCAAAGCUCGCCAAGAUUGCAUCAAAGAAAUAGAUCUGCUGAAGCAACUGAACCACCCCAACGUGAUCAAGUACCACGCGUCGUUUAUCGAAGACAAUGAACUGAACAUCGUGUUGGAGCUGGCGGACGCAGGAGACCUCUCCCGCAUGAUCAAGCACUUUAAGAAGCAGAGGAGGCUGAUCCCAGAGAGAACUGUGUGGAAAUACUUUGUCCAACUGUGCAGCGCCCUGGAGCACAUGCACUCCAGAAGAGUCAUGCACCGAGAUAUCAAACCUGCCAACGUUUUCAUCACGGCGACUGGAGUGGUGAAGCUCGGAGACUUGGGCCUGGGUCGGUUCUUCAGCUCCAAAACCACAGCGGCUCACUCACUCGUGGGGACUCCUUACUACAUGUCACCGGAGAGGAUACAUGAAAACGGAUACAACUUCAAGUCUGACAUCUGGUCUCUGGGCUGCCUGCUGUACGAGAUGGCCGCCCUACAGAGCCCCUUCUACGGAGAUAAAAUGAAUCUGUACUCCCUCUGCAAGAAGAUAGAACAGUGCGACUACCCCCCGCUCCCUUCAGAUCACUAUUCCGAGGAGCUGAGAAACCUGGUAGACAUGUGCAUAAACCCCGACCCCGAGAAGCGACCGGACAUCACCUACGUGUACGACAUCGCCAAGCACAUGCAGAAUCUGACCCAGGGCAGCUAAAGCCGACGGCCCGCGGCUCACAGCUGACACCCUGGCCCCUCCCCCUUCCGCCUCCUCGUCCAAUCAGCAUCAACGCACACUCUACAUGCUGGACCUGUGCACACCGCUCAGCGCUACCAUGGCAACUGGGAAAUUCAUAGAAAUAAUAUGUUAAAAUGGUAUGUUUUACUACAUAUUAUAAAAAAGUUUAAAAUGUAAAGUACGUGAGGUGAAAUGACUUUUGUUCAGAAUACACUUAUUUGACCUGGUAUAUGUCACUCUACUCACUCUAGUGUCUCAGUUUUAAUCUUUCCUGAUUUUAACUCAAAAUAUACAAUUUUUGUUUUGUUACCUCUUUUUAAAUUCAUAAUCUCUGUGAAAUAAUAACCACAAAAUAUAAACAAUAAUAAUAUUUAACAAAAAUUACAACCAAAGAAUAAGCCAUACUAACAAAAAAGGAGAUAAAAUAUAACAAUAAUCAAAAACAUUGCAAAAAAAUUUAGUUUUAAAUGAAAAUGGCUUGAGCUUUAAUCAGAAUGGAAUCGAAAUUACAAUUUAAAUAGAUGUACUAAGCAAAUCUUAAAGACUGCAGUGUAAAACUUCAUCAAAACUCUAACCCUCUAGUUUAGAUCCAAACCAUAAACUGUGUAAAGACGUGUUCUGAGGGAGUGUGACGUCACCCACAGCGUUCCGUUCCAGUCAAAUGAAGCUCAUCGAGAAUGACAGUUAUAGGAGCAAAUUUGGAGACAAGUUUCGUAUUAGGAGCAGGAAAAACCCAGAGCGGGUUAAUACGAACAUUUAAAGACCAAAAUAACGAGGCUCACUGCAGCAGUUACACAGAGGUCAGGUCAUAUUUCAGGUUUUAUGUCAAUUCUUCUGGACGAGUUUAAAAUGUGAACGCGACAUGUCUGAAAAAUCACAAUUUGCUGCUUUUCCCAAAAUUGUUCACCUUGCCUUACAUGUAUGCAGGCCCGUCGACAGAAAUUUGGGGGCCCGGAGCAAAAAGACUCACAUGGGCCUCCCUCCAGUAUUAAUUAAUAAGCAGAGGUUCCAAUUCUGGGCCCCUAAGACCCUGGGGCCUGGGACAACAACCAUUGUAAUUUCUAUUAAUUUAUGAUUAAACAUGGAGCCCAUUUAAUAUUUUUCUAGUUUAAUUUCAAGUUAAAUAAUCUGUGUUAAGAACAUUUUGUAUAUACAUGUCAAAUCUAAAGUACUGUUCUGAACUGAAGUCAUUUUCACUUUUAACAUGUUUAGUGUUACAUGAUAAAUAAGAGACGUCUGUUAUGCAGGUCAUUCAUAAAAUACUGUACACGUGUAUGUUUGUGCUAAAAGGUUGUAUGAUGAAUGUCGACUUGUAGAGUAAAGUACAGAAGUGUUAAAGGGGGUCGGGGGCUGCACUUUGAGGGGAGUCUGUUCAAUGAAUGUAUCUAAAGGGAAGGAUCCAUGUCAGGAGAUGUGGAGGUGAUUAUGAAAUGCCAUGGAGAUAGUUUUGUAAAGAGUUUAUAGAACCUUUAAACAUGUGUCAACAAAUGGACUAAACUGUGGAACGGAGGAGAAGUGAAGUGGGACAUAAUGAAGUUGGAUCUGUGCACUUUGGCACAGUGUAGUUUGGUCAGAGAAACAGUCUCCACCAUUUCUGCUCUAAUGUAAUGUCUGUGAGGUUUGUGCAAAAUCCUGAUUAAAUCAGUCGAUCUUGAUCUUAAAUACAGAUCAGACAGAGACUGGCUGUGGGCAGGUGGCACUGACAACAUGUUAAACACUUUACAAAUGGAGAGAAAAGUUCAGUGGAGAACACUUCUGUUUUUUGUGUUUGUGUAUGUGUAUGAUAGUCGUUGUAUCCUUAGACAAGACACUUCACUCACAUUGUCUAGUGUGUAAGUGGUGUGUGUGAGUGUGUGGUGGUGUUUGGAGGGGCUGAUGACACAGAUUGGCAGCCUCGCUUUUGUCAGUUUGCCCCAGUGCAGCUGUGGCUAUAGUAAUAGCUUAAACCACAGAGUAAGUAAGUCCCCAUUUCUAUAGCGCUUUUCACAGACAUUUUUGUCACAAAGACGCUUUACAGAGCAUUACAUUCAGCAUAUAUAUAUAUUAUUCAUUCACUCUAUACCUGGUGAUGGUAAGCCACUGUUGUAGCCACAGCUGCCCUGGGGCAGACUGACAGAGGCGCUGCUGCCAUGCCACUUGGCGCUAACUGUCCCUCCGACCACCACCAUCACACACACACACACACACACCACUUUCAUACUAGGCAAUGUGGGUGAAGUGUCUAGCCACUAGCACCAGUGCCCUGGACAGGUUCAUUGAUUAAUUGUAUUUUUAAUUGACCUUGACUAUCAACUGUUCUUGGAGUCCUGUAGCAUGUUUUGGGUUGAUGGGGGAAACCGGAGCACCCGGAGGAAACCCAUCCAGACACGGGGAGAAACAUGCAAACUCCACACAGAAAGGCCCGGGUGAAUAAUGCUCUGUAAAAUGCUUGAUCUGUCCAAAAAAGCACUAUUCAAAACUGAUCUAUUAUUAAAUAUUUAAACACCACAGACUGAAAUAAUCUACACUGACAAAUAAUCAUCUUUACUACAAAUUAAAAGUAGUGUUUUUGUUUGAUUUAAGAUGUACAAAGACAUACAAAGAUGUACAUUUGUAAACUCUGAAGUGUCCUUUGGUGAAGUUUUCCCUACAUUUAAAGUGUAUAACAUAGAACAUGACGUCCAGCCAUGUCCAGUCCAGCGCCUGAUCUGUUGAAGUGUUCUAGUUUCACUUUGCUCCUCUUUACUCCAGAGUUUAGAACAUUUUCUUGACAUUUUAAAGGCUCUGUUGGGUUUAGUAUUCUGUCCGUUAUUUAGAACUAAAAUCUCCCAGCCCAUAAAAAUGUACUUAAAUGUUUUUAUUCAGAUUAUUGCUUGAUGCUGUGUAAGUGUGUGCCGUCCUAUAGAAAUGUAAAGAUUAUAAUUAUGGUUAGCCUGGUCAGUCAUACUGUUUCAGAUGAGCUGUAGCUGUUAUUAUAAAGCGGUGCCUUCUCUUUAGUCAGUAGAGGGCGCGACGUUUGACUGUCCAGGUAUAGUGUGUUUUUGUUUUUGUUUUCUUUCUCAAAUGUAAAAAGAAACCAAAAUAUACGUUUGAUAAUGUAGUGAAGUAUAAUCUAAGUCUCUCUAGUUACAUUCACAGUUAGAGCCUGAUUGGACUUGAGUGGUGACUGUAAAUAGUGAAGGAGUUUGGUAGGUCCAUAGAUUCUUCUGCACUGAUCCAUCGGUUUACACACACACACCAUGGAGGCUUCAGCUUCAGUGCAGUGUCGUUUAGAAAAGGUUUUAACAAUGUCCCUGUUUUAAAAUGGGGUUAAAGAUGCACCGUGUAACGUUUUUGAUCGAAGGUCGGCAAACCUGCUCGUCUCCAUGGAGAUGCUUCUGCUUUGUCUGGAAUGCUUCAGUAUGGCAUUAAAUAAUCCGUGUGUCAUUUGUUCAGUCGUUUUUCUAAAUAAAACCACAAAUAACAAAAAAUAAAUAAAAUAAAAAUCUUCAUUAUUUAAUAAACAGAUAAUGAUUUAUUUUUUCAGUUUUCAAUUUUGUGUUUAAAUGAAUAAUGGAAAAAACAAAACAGAUAACGUCCAUUUCCCGUUUCUGUGACUUAAACUGUAAUGCCAGACUUUUGUGCCACAAACAGACUGAACCGCGACCAAAACAGGACUAAACCAGGUCUAAAUCAGGACUAAAACAGGACUAAACCAGGUCUAAAUCAGGACUAAAACAGGACUAAAUCAGGUCUAAAUCAGGACUAAAACAGGACUAAACCAGGUCUAAAUCAGGACUAAACCAGGUCUAAAUCAGGACUAAAACAGGUCUAAACCAGGUCUAAAUCAGGACUAAAUCAGGACUAAACCAGGUCUAAAUCAGGACUAAAACAGGACUAAACCAGGUCUAAAUCAGGACUAAAAUGGGACUAAAUCAGUCUCAGUCCCGGUCUGGUCCUGGUCUCGGUUCUAGUCUGGUCCUGGUCUCAGUCCCAGUCCAGUCCUGGUUCUCAGUCCUAGUCUCAGUCCCGGUGUGGUCCUGGUCUCAGUCCUAGUGUUUUCCUGGUUUCAGUCCUAGUCUCAGUCCCGGUCUGGUCCUGGUCUCAGUCCCGGUCUGGUCCUGGUCUGGACCUGGUCUCAGUCCUGAUCACCCAACAGUCUACGCGGGCGCACCUCUGGGCCCAUCUGUCACUCAGUUCUGGUUCAGUUCUGGUUCAGUUCUGGUUCAGUCCUGGUUCAGUCCUGGUUUAGUCCUGGUUUAGUCCUGGUUCAGUCCGUAUGUGGUGCAAAAGUCCGGCAUCACAGUUUAAGUCACAGAAAUGGAUUAUAUGAAAUAAUCUUUUUUUUUCCAUUAUUCAUUUAAACACAAAAUUUAAAACUGAAUAAAUAAAUCGUUAUCUGUUUUUUCAUUUUCUUUUUUGUUUUAUUUUGAAAAACAAAUGAACGAAUGAUACACGGAUUUGAAAUGUGUCUUGCACGCAUUUGAUUACAAGUGUUUAAACUGCGCAAAAAUACUACAAUAAUACAUUCUUAUGUGAGUGGGGUCGCCUCUCCACAGAUCUAACCUGAGUAACCCUGCCUUGUGGUGUUACUUUCUUGUCUCCAUGGAAAUGGAACUCAGAUCACUGCCAUAUUGUGAAACAUCCAGGCAAAGCAAUAACAUCUCCAUGGAGACGAGCAGAAGGCAACUCCCAUCAAAAAGUUACACAGUGCACCUUUACCUUUACCUUUUUUUUUUUUUUUUUUUCUUUGUUUUGUGGUUGAGUUUCAGCUACAGUGCAAAUCAUUGUAAGUUAUUUAGUCCUGGUUUAACACAUUUGAUUGUUUUGAUGUUUUUACGCAGCUCUGCUUUGUUGCUUUCUUUGUAAUCCAGAUUAAAGGAGCUGUAUGUGGCCUGCGGUUUUAAACUGUUUUAAAAAGGUUUUACAAUCACAAGUGAACGUGCAGAAAGAGGAUCACACAUUAAAGGGCAAAUAUCAAGCUUUUUCUCAUCCACGUUCUAAUGUUUCCUCAUCACACACAGACCUGGAGUUGUGUUUUGUUUCAUUCACACAUGUUUAACACACAAACCACUGUUCUUUUCUCCAACAGAAAACGCUGUUCCAUUUUGUGAUGUCAUGUGGUGAUACAUGAAGUGCUCCACUGUGUUUUUAAACUCCACACACGUUCACUAGAAUCAUUUGGAUCAUUUAAGACCUGGAAUUGAUAAUGUACUGAACUAAAAGGAGCUGUUCACUUGAAAACUACAGCUUCAUGACAUCACAAGGUGGAACAGAGCAUUUUGAGGUUUGGGGAUGAAGACAGACUAAUAAUAAAGGGUUUCUCAAACAUGUAUGAAUGAAACAAAACACAACUCCAGGUCUGUUUCUGAGGAGAGAACUAGGGAUGGGCAUUCGACCAAAUUUUCCUAAUCAAUCGUCGGGAGAAUUAACGAUUGAUUAUCGAUUAAUCAUUAUUGUUUUUAUAUCAAAAUGAUCAUCAUUAUUAUUACUAUCUGCACUAAUCUGCAUAAAUAAAUUCAACUUUACGACAUAUAAACCGUAACCACUCUAGAGCCACAUCAGCUGUUUGACAUUAGAAUGUGUUUAAUUCAGCUUUGAGCAACUCUCACAGAAACAGAACUUAAAACCACAUGACUCAUUUGCAUAAACUAAGUGAAGAGAAGAUUCAGGUGAAUACAGGUCAGUGUGACCAUAUUUGCGUUUGUCAAAUCCAGGACAGCGUACGGGGGUUGGGGGGUGGGGACUCGUCAUCCACAUUGAGCGACUCUCAGCUGACAAAACUUUUUCAUGUUUUCAGUGUCUUGAUGAACUUUUUCCCACUGGACACCGAAACAUAUGUGCUGCUUUAUACACUGUGCACAUGGACUCACACUUGUCCCGACCAGAACGGAAAGUGUGGAAUUUCUUGUACAAGUCAUUGUUAAAUACACAUUUGUGCUUCUGCACGUUGCAGACUGACCCACUGUUUGUGUCUCGCUAAUUCUGAGUGCAGAGACACAUGUCUGGACCUCUGUUUGUCCCCGGACACAGACAUUUGGUCACCCUACACUACGCACAGCCACCUACAUUCGGUUUGUCGAUUAAAAUGAACAUAAUCGAUGAAAUUCUUAAUGAUCAAUUAUCAAUUUAUCGACUAAUCAUGCCCAUCCCUAGAGAUAACAACAUUAUAACACGACUUAAAGCUCACAAGAGUCAGUUUUGCGUGAAUAUUCAGAUCAGAGAGAGGCAUUUUAGUUUUAAACACGCUGGAUUUCUGCAUUGGAACUGGCAACCCAAAUGAGAGACUCAUGUGAGGCUCAUGCUGCUUUCUGAUUGGAGAAUUGACUUGAACCAAAACACAAAAUUAUGACAUAAACAACUUUGGCAGCAUGUUUCUGUAAUUAAGAAUAAAUCAGCGUUACAAUCACAUGUCUUCUUAUAUCUGGAGACACAUAUACGUCAUGUUUAUGGAAAUUCAAAUCUAAAUCUUACAUACAGCUCCUUUAACCUUCUGUUUAAGAAUGUAUUUCUUUAAGUCGUGGCUAAUCAUUUUUCCGUUUAGAGCGAGUGGUAAAAGCACUUUAGGCACACAAAUGCCUUAAACAUGCAAAAGUUCAACGAGAUUUCAGCACUACUUUCGGUUUGUUUUGGUUUUUGUAAGAUUUGAUAUAUAAAAGGGAACACGUCAUGCAUUAUUUUGGCUUCUGUUGAGUUUUAAACAUGUUUUUGGACAAGAUAGGACAAAUAUUCUGCAUUUUUUGAGUGUAGAAUACUUUGGAUAAGUCUGGUGAUGGUUUAAGGACCUAAAAACUGCUCAGUGUUUCUACCUAUGAUGCAACAAUCCUGGGAAAAUUCAAGCUGUGCAUUUUUUGAGGCUCAGAAUCAAAGGAAUUUUUACAGAAGAUGAAACCAAAACUUGAAUGAAUGUUUUAAAUGAGGAAACAAUGUUCUAACAAGGUUUAAAACUCAAAAAAAGGUCAAAUUUGCAUGAUAUGUCUCCUUUAAGGUACUUAAGGUAAAUGUGCGUGUACCAGUGUUCUGCUUUUCCCUUUGCACAAACACAAAAUGAGAGUUGUAUUACAAAAGGGGAGUUCAAAGUUUUUAUUGUAAAGUGCAAUUCAAAGAUACUGUACUUGUGUUUACAGUAGUAGUAGUUUAUAGAGUCGUUAUAUGGACCAUAGAAAGAACAGAGGUGGCAGAGUAACUGUACUCGAGUAAGAGUACUGUUACUGCAAAAUGAUAUAACUCGCUAAAAAAUAUUAUAAAAAAUGACCUAAUUUCCAAAGAAGAAAAAAGUCAAAAGCCUCUUCCUUAUGUAAAAAGCUUUUCUCUUUGUACAUACAGCGGGAAGUGGAGUUUACAGUUUCAUAUUUUAGUACAAGUUUCAUGAAGUCAGAAAUAUAGAAAUAUAAAAAUAUAGAAAUAUAACUCCAGCUUUCAUAAGAAGUGCCUUAUACCACAGAGCAGUGCUUUAUUCUGGAACAUUUUAUAAUUGAUAUGCUUUAAUUAGAAAGAAUCAACUCAUAAUGGUUUCUUAAGAAUGAUUCAGGCUUAGUAUCGUUUUAGCGAUAAAUAAACUCAAGUAAAGAGUGUGUUUUCAGUCUAGUUGUUGAUGACACUGAAAAACUGAGCGAGCUCGCAUGUCCACAAACCUGACUUGUAUUUGGCCUGCUUGUUUCCAUGGAAAUGUUGUUGCUUUGACUAUAAUCUUCCAAAGUACAUAUUUAAGACGUAUAAAACCAUGGAGAAUGUUCCAAAGUCUGGUUUUAACUUUGUAUUCACAUGGAUUCAUGCAGGCGACAGGUGAAAGUUCCAUCAAACUCAAAUUCACAGAGGCUGAAAUUAAAAACUGGGACAAAGUCGUGGGCCAAAUUAAAUAUUUACUGAAAAUUUUCAACAGCAUCUGCAUGUUUUCUCUUCUUUCGAGAUAUGUAAUGUUCAACCUUUUCUUAUUAAAAUAAAAGUUUUGCUCAAACAUUGAAUCCAGAUCAAGCAAAAUAUAAAAUAACAACAUUUUAAAUAAAUAAUGUUUCUAUAGUCGAUCUGUCGCCGGCGGGCAGCUCUACUACAUAUUUGAAAUGAUCUCACAGGCCAAAUAUAAUUAUAUCAUGGGCCAAAUUUGGUCCCCGGGCCUGAGUUGGACAUGUCUGCUGUCGUCUUCGUUAGUGGUUCCUAAGCCUGAAUCAUUGUUAAAGGUGCAUUGCGUAACUUUUCUGGUGGAGGGUCCAUCAAACACUUUUUUCUAUGGAGAUGUUUUUGCUUUGUCUGGAAUGUUUCACAGUGUGACUUUAAACCUUUCCAUCUUCAUGGAGACCAAACCAGACCAAGUUACAGGCCAGAUCUGUGGAGAGUCCUGAUUUUAGUUCUGGUUUAGAUCUGGUUUUAGUCAAUUUUAGUCCUGGUUUAGUCCUAAUUUUAGUCCUGGUUUAGUCCUAAUUUUAGUCCUGGUUUAGUCCUAAUUUUAGUCCUGGUUUAGUCCUGGUUUAGUCCUGGUUUAGUCCUGGUUUAGUCCUGGUUUAGUCCUGGUUUAGUUUCAGAUCUGUGGAGAGGCGACCCUGCUCACAGUCAGAAUCUGUUUUUAAGGUAUUUUUGAGCUAUGAAACCAAAUGUAUUUAAAUAAAUGUAAGUUUAAAGUCACACUGUGGAACAUUCCAGGCUGAGCAAUAACAUCUCCAUAGAAACAAGCAGAUGACAGACCCUCAUCCAAAAUGUCUCUCAGUGCACCUGGAAGUCUAAUUAAAAUGUCCUGAUUAUACAGUGGUGCGUUUUCUGUUCAUUUGUGCUUUUCGUGUUUGUUUAAGACUUGAGAGAUUUUCUCAAAAGUAGAAUUUAAAAUAGAAUAGUUUUUGUAUAUUCUGUAACAUUUCACGUGGACAUCCUCCUCACCAGUGCUUUGUUUGCUAACGACAUGCAAUAAAUGUACAAAUGUCUAACA